CUCCCUCCCGGUCGGUCCGGUGCGUCGCGAAGUCCUCCUACAAGCCGAUCCUCUCUGCCAGCUUCACAUCAUUGUCUUGCCUCCCUUGUGCUGCUUUUUUAUCUUGGACUUGUAGUUAGACAGAUUCACCAUUUCAAUCUCUCUCUCACAAACUCUCCUACUCUUUCAUACAAACUCGCACGCUCGGUCCCAGAGGACACCGGCUAGGAGCGACAUGGCUUUACGGAAGAAUACCUCUCUGUUUACCGGACUUUUCAUCCUCGCUCUAAGCUGGAGAGUGCGGGGCAAGAUGGAGGUUAAAAUGGAGGACAGAGUGGAGGUCCUCCUGAAAGACACGGCUCAGAUCUCCUGUGUGUUCACGUCGGAGGAGGGCACGGGGGGCACGAUGAUCCACUGGUACAUGAUGCUGGGCGAGGAGAGAAAGAGGAUCUUCUACUGGGACAGCGCCGUGGAGGGGAUGGAGCGGGACACGCCGCUGUACGGCCGCAUGAACGUGAGCAGGACGGGGGUGAGCGGCGAGGUGGAGGUGGUGCUGACCAUCAGAGACGUGCAGCUGGGGGACGAGGCGGACUACAUCUGUGAGGUCAUGAGUCUGACGGACGGCAGCGACGCCGGACACACUCGCCUCCGAGUCUUCGCAACACCUGAGUUUCCUUCAAUUGAAAAAGAGCAAACUGGGAUAUCUGUGACCAAAGAGGAUCCCUCCAAGAUAGGAAGCUGUGAAGUGAGGAACGGCUACCCAAAACCUAACAUUACAUGGUACCGCGACCAGACCCCCCUACAGAACACACCUGGUGAGGUGAUCAUUGUGACCAAGAACACGGUGGAGUCCAGUAGGCUGGUGACGGUGCACAGUGAGCUGCAGCUGAAGGUGACCAAGAGUGACAAGGACGCCUCCUUCUACUGUGAGGUCAGCUACCUUGUACCUGGGGGAACCCGGAUGACUGAGAGCGCGCUCAUCAACAUCACCGUCCACUACCCCUCCACAGCAGUCAAUAUGUGGGUGGAGUCUCCCACGGGAACUAUCAUACAAGGUGACACUGUGGAAAUCCAUUGCCAGGGUAAUGGGUACCCCCAACCACCCAUAACCUUCUUUCAUAACAAGAAGGAGCUGAAAAGUCUAACCCCAUUGGUUCUGCCUGACGUGACGAGGCUACACAACGGCAACUACUCGUGCCUGUCGUUUGAUCUGGAAACGUUUGAGGAGAUGGCCAGCCAGCUGGAGCUGUUCGUCAACUUUCUAGACCCUGCUGUGCUAGACCCUAAGGACACCACUGUAGUGCAGACGGGUGAUGCUGUGUCUGUGACCUGUAACGCCCUCUCCACCCUCCCUACACACACUGUCUGGUUCAAGAAUGGAGAGCAGGUAGCAGAAGGGCACGUGUUGAAGCUGGAGGCAGAGUUGGACACCAGUGGCACGUACGUGUGUGUGGUGACCGUGCCUACCCUGGAGCGACUGGAGACCAGCGGAGCGAUACGUGUCUAUGUCCAGGGCCCCCCGGUCAUCAGCGAGACAGAAGAGACAGAGACUCUUCUGGAGGAGCGCAUGGACGCGUCAGUCACCCUCAGCUGCCACGCCAAGGGCUACCCAACCCCCACCCUGACCUGGACCGCCUCCGACUCCCAGGUUCUCAAGGGGGUGAGCCACAACCAGACUGAGGAGGAGGUGACCAGCAUGAUCAGUGUCAAGGUGACCUCUGACCUCACUGUCCACUGCCACGCUGCCAGCGUCCAGGGCAACGACAGCAAGGUCUUCAGGAUCAAAGCCAUUCUGCAAACUACCCCCCCAGCGCCCCCCACCACGACCAUCACCACCACAGCCUCAUCAAUUACAGGUCUCCCUAAGAAGAAUGCCAAAAAAGAGGGCAAUGGAGUGAUCAUCGCCGUCAUCAUCAUCUGCCUGCUGCUGCUCGCCAUCCUGGGGAGCGUUCUCUACUUCCUGUAUAAGAAGGGCAAGAUUCCCUAUGGGCGGUCUGGGAAACAGGACCUCACCAAGGAGAAGUCCACUAAGAACAGCAUCGUGGUGGAGAUGAAGAGUGAAAACAAUGAGGAAGCGGUCCUUCUCCAGGGGGUCAACGGAGAGAAGAAACUCCCUAACGACCAGUAAAAUGCUCAGAAGUUUGUGGAGGUGAGAAAGACGAGGGAUGUGGAUGAAGACGAUGUCAGCCGGCCCUGCUCCCCCCCAGCCUCCCAGGGGAGGCGCCCUGAUGCCUUGAAACGACUUUCUCCUCCUCCUCCAAAGCCUCCUCCUUCAACUCCUCCUCCUCCAAUGUCUUCCUCCUCCUCUAUCUGCCUUACCAACCAUCCCCCUCUCCUCAUCCACCUUUAUACUGCUGGCUCUUCUCCUCUCCUUUCAUGUCCUUCCCUCCUCUCCUCUCCUCUCCUGUCCUCUCCUCCUGUCCUACAUCACAUCCUUCCUCUCCUUCUUUCAUCCCCCCUCCGUUCCUCUCCUCCUCCUAUAUUCCCUCCUUACCCCCACCCUCCACAGAGCACAAACAGACACACAGGACUGUUUAUAUCUUCCUCCCAACGCCAUCUCAGGCAUCCAAUCACAGAAGAGCAUUCUUCGACUACUCCCGAUAUGAAGUGUAUAUAUUAUAUUCUGUGUAUAUAUUUCUGUAUUUAAAAUAACCGGACAAAAAUGCCUAAAAACCACAUGGCCAGGAGAUGUUCUGUUAUGUUUUAGCGCUUGAUGAGAGGAGAAAUGCAUGUGUGUGUGUGUGUGUGAGCCCAGUUACGUACUCUGUCUUCCCUUGGCUGUCUUCUCUACGGCUUAGCUUUAGUCUGUACACUGUAAACACAGCUGAGCAGGAUCUGAGUCUGGGUCUGGGGCUCCUCCACCUCCUCCAGCUGGUAGAGGUCUCUAUCACGGACCUUCCACCUCCAGGGGUCUGGGUAGAGGUCUCUAUCACGGACCUUCCACCUCCUUCCCCAGCCCCGGCCCGACCCCAGCCCCAGCUGAGCUCUCAGCCUGAACCUGAGGUCCAUGAUCAUGUGGACAGGGUCUGGUAGUGGCCGAGCCAGUAGAAUCAGGAAAUACAUUUUGAUUUUCAAUUAAUCUAUCUUAGUUUAUAACUGUAGCGCUUUCUUUACUGUAACCAUAUAUACUAACCCUAAUUCUGACCACCUGGCGAUUGGCGGAUAGGAUGCUGUCCAACCUGCAGCCUUCUUCCUGUUGUUGUUGGUGAACAGCUCUGAUUGGAUAAGAGCUGUGAUUCUCCACAGGUGUAUGUUCAUUCAUCAGACAGAUCUCACACAUCAGCCUGUCCUUCUAGAAUCUUCUUCCAUCUCACCUGUAUGCUUUUAUCACCUAUCAACAUGUUCAGUGCACUGAUACUUUUUAUGUAGUGACCGGUUAUUGAAGUGUUUUGUUUUUUUCACUGUGAGUCUGAUUUGGGGCAUAGGAAUGUUUGUAUGAUACGUGAAAUGUACUAGCUGUUUUUAAGAAGAUUAGGUCCAGACAGCAGUUCCUGGCUUUUGUGUUAUAUGUCAUAUGUGACUACUAACGGUGGUUACAGGAGACUGUGGCCGUUUAUCAAUCCACAUUUUUUUUUCUGUUCUUGUGAAAUCAUUUGAUGUCUUUCAUGGCCAAGUACUGUUCCAAUCCAAAGAACGCAAUUGACCAAUAAUGCAAAAAAUGUGCAGAGGUGUUCUUGAUCUGCCCUUUUAUCGAGGAUGCAUGGGGUUGGUGUCAGUGGGAAUGCAUCUGAUUUCCCAGAAGUCUUUGCAUUGCAUUCUCCAUCCUCGCAAUCUUGCAAGACCCUUCUCGUCAAGAACAUUCUCCUCAAGAACAAAAGUAUGUUCUUGGCGUUUUUCGGAUUGAUAAACCGCCUGUGUCUUUGAUGACCAGCUCAGGUUUGAGCUUCCUGUCUGUGGAGGGCUGGGGCUAGAUCGCCCUCUCCUGGCCAUGUCACACUCAGUCCCAGAAGCCAAGUGCCUCUCACUAAUUACAGUUAAAGGGAUAGUCCACUCUAAAUUGAUUGUUCAAGGACAAGGGGGGGGGGGGGGGGGAAACAAAGUGCACAUGAUGUUAAAUAGAAGCACAAUAUUAAAUCCACAAGUUAAAUAUUUGAUGUGCAGGAGAGAUACGAUCGCGUGUACUCUCCUGACAACUGCAGUUUUUUGGGGUAUUUAUGAAAAGAUUUGAGAAACUAUUUAGAACGGACUCUCUCUUUAACGACAAUCCAGGUUAAGACUGCUGUGUCAUGUUUGGUUCACUGACAAUUUGAGAACAAAUUAAGGAAGUUAUGACAAUCA